GCCACACCAACCAUGUCGUCCCUCGAAGAGCUCGAAAAGACCGCCGCCGAGAAGACCAAGGCGCUCGAGCAGGACACGGUGCACCGCAUCCGCAUCACGCUCACGUCGCGCAACGUGAAGAACCUCGAGACGGUCUGCGCCAACCUCAAGCGCGGCGCCCUCGACAAGAAGCUCAAGGUGAGCGGCCCGGUCCGCCUCCCGACGAAGAAGCUCCGCAUCACGACGCGCAAGUCGCCCUGCGGCGAGGGCACCAACUCCUGGGACCGCUUCGAGAUGCGCAUCCACAAGCGCAUCAUCGACCUCCACUCGCCGUCGGAGAUCGUCAAGCAGAUCACGUCGAUCCCCAUCGAGGCCGGCGUCGAGGUCGAGGUGACCAUCGCCGACGCGGCCGCGGAGGAGAAGUGAGCGCGCACCGCGCGCGCGCUCGAGCGCACGUCGCGCGGCACCUGAGCGAUCAGGCCAGCGACCCGUCCGCGGUCAGCCGCGUCACCGCUACGCGCGAGCCGGCCCCUCCUCGCGGGGGGGCCGCUUCGAACUAACACGUCGCAAUCG